AUUAAAAGAUGGCUACCUUAAUGAUUGUGUUGGGUUUAUCACUCUUCACCUUGUGUGUGGCUGAGGUCCUGCAGCUGGAUCGACAAGCAGAAGACACCAGCAGCCCCCAGAGUCCCAGCAUCGAACCUGCUUGUCACUGCGGGAGCCAGAGAUUGAAUAACUAUCUUCUUAAUGCCUUGAGAGGAUUGGAGGCCAAGCAGAGAAACACUGAAAAAAAGUUAGAGGAUCUGAGGAGGGAGGUCCAAAGUAACAGGGUGGCAUUCGGAGCAGCAAUGGGCAAUGUUGGAAAUCUUGGACCUUACAACAGUGAGAUCACACUGACCUACAGAGUUGUCUACUCAAACACGGGCUCAUACAACCCUUCAACAGGUAUUUUCAUUGCCCCAGUCCGAGGAAUUUAUUACUUCAGUUUCUCUGGUCAUAAUUUAUCAGCUAGGCAAAUGGGGCUGCGACUCAUGAAGAAUGGAGAACAGAUCGCUACCGUGUUCAAUCAUCUGCAGGGAAGACGCUAUGAGACGGCAACUAACGGCAUGACUGUACAUCUUAAUGUGGGAGACCAAGUGUACAUGAGGCUCCGGGAAAGUACAUGGAUUUUUGAUAAUCUUAAUAACCACUCCACCUUCGUUGGACAUUUGUUAUUUGCUUUGUGAGAAAAAUAAACUUCAGAUAAGUCGAGAAGAGAAGAGGGUCAGUGAGGACAACGAUCUUCAGCCGCAGGACAGCAGUACAUUGAUACUUCUAUUAGUAAUGUUGAAUGAAAAAAGUGUUUAGAGCUGACCUGAAACUUGAAUGAAUGAAAACACUGUAUAAUCAUAAAUCAGGUUAAACAGGA